GUGCUCUUCUGCGCCACUGGUACGCUCCCUUGACAGCUGCUGCGCGCUGGGCGAUGUUCGUCGUCUCGACCCGAGUAGACUUCUCACUUUACUCUGAGUGCCUUUUUGCAUCUUCGCUCAAAUAUCCACGGUCGGGCUACGUGCGGUGCGAAAGAAGUUCAACGUGCGUUACAUAUAUAUGUAAGGUGCAGGCGGACAUCGGUCAACAUGCCCAACGGCGUCGUCGUCCUCGAGUGUUCGAGGGCCCUGCUGAUGUUCUGCCUCUUGCACGUCCACCACUGCCGCUUCUACUGCUGCAGAAGUCGCUCCCAACUCGCUCACGCCGUGCGCCGUGAUGGGGGUGGUGCAUGCCGAGUCGCCGCGCGGUCGCUACCGCCUCUCGCUCGAGGACUCGUGGGCGCUGUGCCGCGCCGCGGGCACACAACUCGCCACCCUGGAGCAGCUGCGAGACGCGAACGCGCACGGAUUUCAGGUGUGCAGGAGCGGCUGGGUGCAGGGCGGUGUGAGCGCCGUGCCGCGCGUGCGCCCGCUGCCCCAGUGUGCCCACAACCUCACGGGUGUCGUGCUCGACCCCAUCUCCACGGCGCGCCUCGAUGCGUUCUGCUACAACGCUUCAGAAACCCGGGUGAACUCCUGCGACCCUUCGUUGGGAACGCGAUCUCCACCGCUGGUGAAGGGGACUUCGGCAAAACCCGGCACGGAGUCGACGGCGACGCCAGAUCCUGGAGCGCGGACGACUGGCACGAUCCCCAUCGCCCACCGCUCUCCAAUUGUCAACGGCCUCCCCACAAACUCACGAGCAGUGGCAGAUUCGAACGCAACCCGACCAACUUCGGCUGCCAGGAUGAAUACGACCUCGGAGCCAGCCGGGGGCAACACCAGCGGAACCACGAGCAACGUUGCGCUCCAGACAACCGCCCACCACGGCGCGGCGAGUUCGAGUCCCGCCCUGAGCACCACCUUACUGAACAACCUGACGUCAACGACGCUCAAUGCAACCCAAGGUGUCACGGCGGGAGGAACCAAAUCUCUGCUCAGUGAAGAGGUAAUCAUAACCAUUGCUGUCAUCGGAGGAGUGAUUGCCCUGUGCCUGCUCGCCACCAUUAUUUAUUCCCUCGUUUUUGGCUGCGGCAAACGAAAGCAAGUGGACGUCUCCGACGGGAAAAACCGGAAGCCCAAGAAGGGCUCCGCCGAACUCAUGUCCCCGUACGUCGAGUUCCAGCCGCGGGGCUCGACGGGCGACAGCCUGGAGAGCGUGCCGCUGCACACGCAGCCCGGCAGCGUGAACGGCGUCAACGGUUCGGCAUACACGGGCUUGUGAGGUGGGGGGCGGGGGGGGCGGGGGGUGGGGGCACCACCACCACUCUGCAGCUACCCCCCCCUGGCUGUCCCACGUCCCCCCCCCCCUCCACGUCCCGCACUCUUCCGUCGGGAUGCUAGGUUUCACACUUCGCCCCCCCGCCUGGUUUGCGCUGCUUCAUGCAGGGCCACGCGGCCACCUGCCGUUUGGCGAUCGUAGCGCGUGCGCGUGUGUGUGUACGCGUGUGUGUACGCGUGUGUGUACGCGUGUGUGUACGCGUGUGUGUACGCGUGUGUGUACGCGUGUGUGUACGCGUGUGUGUACGCGUGUGUGUACGCGUGUGUGUACGCGUGUGUGUACGCGUGUGUGUACGUGUGUGUGUACGUGUGUGUGUACGCGUGUGUGUACGUGUGUGUACGUGUGUGUACGUGUGUGUACGUGUGUGUGUACGUGUGUGUGUACGCGUGUGUGUACGUGUGUGUGUACGUGUGUGUACGUGUGUGGGGAGCGGUAGUGUGGCGGUUAGUGUGCGCUGCGCCAUGAACCCCGGUGACCCGAGUUCGAUUCCCACUCAACAAAGGUGACGAUUAUCUGAACCGGUGUUGGGUCUCCCCUAGGUUGACUCGGCCUCAAAUGAGUACCUGGUGCCGCGUGUAAACAUCGCCACUGGGGAUACAAAGGCGGCCGGGCGUGGUGCUGGCCACCCAACCCCUCGUGCGCUGUGCCAAGCCUUGAUGAGGUUCUGCUCGCGAACAGCACUUGCCCCAGCAGUCUGUUAAAAGCUACACGGGGGAGGUCUUUGCCAUGCGUAUUCAUUUUUUAAAAAUGUAUCAUUAUUUUCUCCUGGAGGGGGGGGGGGUCGGGUCGGGGGGGGGGAGCUUAAAGAAUUCGUCGAGUAAAUAUCCUGUAUAUAUUUUGGGGGGGGAGGGAGAGGGGACGGGAGUUUGUGGUUUCUGUUGUCAUUAUGAAUCGGAUGUUCGUCUGGCCUGGUACACGCAAGGCUGGGCAAAUCAUUGUGUGUGGGAACCGCUCGGGCAAAGAGCAGAGCAAGGGAACUCCUUAUGGCCUCACAUAGUUUUGGGGGGGGGACGAUAAAAACAAAUAAAACAAUGGAGCACAUCAGCAAUUAUCAAUGAACUCGUUCACAUUGAACAUCCAAUUGACGUGCGAUCUCAAUCUGGUCCACAUCGCUCACCUCGCAACGUGUCUCCGAUAAUCAUCUACAAUUCUUCUUAUCUCAUUGCAUCUCUUAUUUUUUUUCCAUCAAUAUCACUCGGAUUUUAUUAAUUGAAAAGGUGGUGGGAGGGGGGGGGGGUUGGGGGGGGCAAGCGGGGAGGUUGUGGGUAUGAUAGGUGGGGGUAGAUGGGAAGGGUGGCUAUCAUUGGAGAUCUCAUUGAGAUCUGUGAACCAAAUGCAGGUAUUCUCUAGCAGAGGGAACAACUCAUUUGGCGAUGAUGCUGCUGAAUUUGCAGUUGGUGCACAAGAUACAAUUAACAACAACAAGCAACCAACUCAACACAUUCGCCAAGACCACUGCCUUAAAAGAAGAAUAAGAAGAAAAACAUAUACUUACAAGAGACGACGUUGACGGGCAAUGGUCCUUCUUCAAAGAGAGAGACUUUGUAUACAUUGAAAAAAUUGGUUUGUUACGGGGAACAUUUGAUUCUUUCAAGGGGCACCGUGCGGUUAGAAAUGCUGACGCCUGAUUAGCUGCUUAAGCGCGUCAAACACAACCCGCUCUUACGGAUACGCCGCUGCCGGGGCCUACGCCGAUACGCAAAUCGUAUUUUUGGGUGGUUUAGGCGUUGGUUGCCGCUUCAUUGUCGUUCGCGUUAUCGUGGAAAAUAAGUUUCAACAUUUUUCUUAGUGGGAAGCAAAACAUUUUUAUUUCAAUUUUAAAGCUUUUAAAAAAUGACACUAAGAAGCUGGGGAUGCUGCCAUAGUGGUGUAACGGUCAAGCACACCGGGGGGACUUGCAACUCAGAGGUUGCCCCAGGUUCAAUCUGCCGGCGCGGCUGUUGCAAGGCUGUUGCAACGACGGUGCGAGUUUCUUCAAAUCCCUCCCCCGCCUCCAUCCGCCCAGCGGGCGUUAAAUGGGUAACGCCGCAGUCAGGCGAUCGGCAGGUAGCAUGCGGUGGUGGUAGCGGUGGUGAGCUCAAGUGGGGGUCUCUCCCACCGAUGCUGGGAACGUGGAAGGGAACUCUCGAGAGGCUUGGAUUACAUUUCCGUCGGCGGUGGAACGAGCGAGCAAUCGCCUUCCGUGACCUCUGUUUAAUCAAAGGCCAUCACAAAUGGAGUAUUUUUAGUGAGAGCUAUAUUCGUCGGCGCUGAUUGGGAUUUGCCCGGAAAUGUCGGUCGGCUCACCCCGUGUGUAGGAAGGUAAGAGUACUUGAUGGUACACUGUAAAACAUGGAAUGGUCUGUGAGUACCCAACACGGAAUGCGGUUGUAUUGAGCAUAUCAAACUGAUUUCGUCUAAAGGGACUCCUCUACUUAUGAACGAGUUAGGUUCCAGAGGUCUGUUCGUAAGUCGAUUUGUUCGUAAGUCCAACUUUACCCCCUGUCGAUUCCAAACAUGUUGCACGACAUGUACACUAAACACAGGGAAUGGCUUUAAACGUUGUAUAAUCUCCUGUAUGUGUAGAUGCCACUGGUUCUUCAUGUUCUGCAGAUGUAGGUGCCACUGGUUCUUCAUGUGGCAUCUACAUGACAUACAGGUUUGUUCGUAUCUCUGAAAGUUCGUAAGUCAAAUGUUCGUAAGUCGAGGAGUCUACAUACAGUGUAUAAGUAUAGCAGUAAUACUGUGCGGUCUUUAACCAAAGAAAAGUGGUUAGCUUAUGGUAUUGUGUGGUUUUUGUACAUAAUCUUUUCGCCCAACUGGUUCGACGGGGCUUUUCUACUGUACGUUGAAACGCCGUCAAGUUGAGGCGUAAUUGUGAUGUUCCGAUUCGCGAGGCGGUGUGCAGGUCUGUGUAACAGUAGCAACGCUCACAGCAUUAAAGUGAGAAUUUUCAAUCAA